CCCAUGAUGUCAACUCAGUCGCUAUUAACCACAGGAUACUUUCUCCGUGUCAGCGACCUUCAAGAACAGAGUUCGGCAAGGACAAUAAACCAGAAACGUACAACGCUUAUCAAGUCCAGUGGUCUUUUGACUGCAUUAUAGGGUAAGGUCAGUUUGCGUCUCGACUGCGCUUAAUAUGCCGAACCAAAGAUGAUCACCAACUUUGACGUCGUGCCACUCGUCCCACGCUGAAGACCAGUCAUUUCAGGAAGGCGCAGUUUGAGAUCACUUGAAAGACUGCUUUGCCAAAGGCAAUUUGUUUGUAGAUAACGGAGGAAUACUUCAGAGGGCUGUGCGAAUUAUUAACUGAGAAGCGAGUGUGGAUCACACAGACGGCGCACGCAGAGCUAUGGAGAUCCGAACUUCUAGGAAACUUGGCACCUUGCUGUCAUUUACCUUUACGUUUCUAACCUUCCUUCCAGGCGAAUUAGCACAGUUACAGAUCCCCCAUAAAAACAUAGACGUUAUCAAGGGGAAAAAUGUUGUCCUUCAGGCCUCGUACAGUGGUAUCAUAGACCAAAACACCGUGCUGUGGAAUUUUAUGACCAACACAUCUCAAAUAAUCAUCUCCUACACGUCGGGCUCCAUCAGUCAAGGCGGCCCUCAGUUUCAGGGCCGAGCACGCUUCUAUCAUGACAUGCCCAACAGGAACCUGUCCCUCUUCAUCAACAACACACAGGUGUCCGACUCAGGGACGUAUGUCUGUCAGGUUCUCGUACCUGGAGCGACGUCUGUCUCGGACCAGCUCAGCCUUAAUGUCAUAGUUCCCCCUUCUGUGCCUGUCUGCAAGCUGAAGGGGAAGCCUGUACUCAAAGGCAACGUCACGCUCACCUGCAAUUCUGCUGCCGGGAAACCAGCCCCCUUGUACAAAUGGAAAAAGACCAGCCCAAGUUCUGAGGUCUUCUUCCCACCUAUGCUCAAUGAGACAGUCGGCACUCUGAAGCUGACCAACCUCAGCAGCGGCAUGUCGGGCAAAUACGUAUGCACGUCGUCCAACGUCGCCGGAGAACAGGAAUGCUUCAUCAACCUAGAAGUCAUCACCUCGACUAAUGCUGGAGUGAUUGCUGGAGCCACAGUGGGUGCUGUGGUGGGCUUCAUCCUCAUCAUCCUCUUCCUAGUGUUCCUGUGGACUCGACGGAAAGAAUCAGAAGAGGAUUUGGCCAAUGAGAUCAAGGAGGACGCUCAGGCGCCCAAGCGCGUGUCCUGGGCGAAGAGCGGCACCAGCUCGGACAUCAUCUCGAAAAACGGCACGCUGUCGUCCAUCAACACCAGCCAUCACCCACGCAACCACAUGUCAAACAACUACGUCUCUCAUUCCCGGCCUCCGCCAUCAGACACCGCCUCCAUCAUCACCGCCACGGGCAGCACCGCUGGCUACCGUACACGGGCCCCCGCCAACAGCACCCCCGAGCAUAUCCUGCCCGGGUACAACACCAACCCGACCCUCCCUCGUGGUCAUUCUGGACCCCCCAGCACUAACGGUGGCUCGCUGCCCAGAGAGGACACCAUCGAACCUCAACCUCCAAGGCCGCCCCCUCUGCCCACCGGAGUGACGGCCGCCAACAUCUCCCGUAUGGGUGGGGUGCCCAUUAUGGUGCCUGCUCAGAACCAAGCUGGCUCUCUGGUCUAGCACAGGUCUGCUCCUCCAUUUCACGGAGUCCACUGUGGAAUUUGUGGACCAGGUCAACUCUAAAAAGGGAUUGUAGAGUAUGGACCUGACUGCUACUCCAACAGAAUUCACAUUAGAUUCGACAAAGUGGAUUUGAGACAGUGGUUGACGUGCCCUAGCGCUGAGUAUUUAUCAAAAGGUGUAAUUUUCUUCAAUAAAAUUGACAUUUUUUUAUG